AUGGGAAGUGGAGCGUCUGCCCUCGAGAAAGCCUCCACUUCCGAUGUGAAAGAGGCCCUCGCAAGCCUGAACGACGAAGAGCAGAAAAAGCUAGGUGAGGCGCUGGCGAAGCUGGACGCGAAGGCCGAAGAGCCAGCGCCCGCUGAGAAGAAGGAAACCGCCCCGGCAGAUGAGAAGAAGGUCGAGGCCGGAGCUGCCGAGCUUUCGGAGGAGCUUAAGGCAAAGCUCCAAGAGUGCUUCGAUGCCAUCGACACGAACAAGAAUGGAAGCAUUGAGGCCUCUGAGUUCAAGUCGGUGAUGAAUAAACUGGCUGUGCCCCUGAACGACGACCAGAUCGAAAAGGUCUUCACCUCGGUGGACCUCAACAAGGAUAAGAAGUUGAGCUUCGAUGAGUACGUCAAGCUGGUGAGUUGUGGCUUGAACAUCUGA